UGUGACGAGACGCACGUUCGUAUUAUCGUGUUCAUAAUACGCGACAUGUGAGCUUGAACGCUGUGAGAACCAAUUAAUCAAGGUGCUAUAUUCUGUGAUGUAGAUAUUGGGAGAACUAUAUUUGUAUUGCAAUUUUCAGUCAUAAUAAGCACUGAAUAUAGAUUCUGGUGUGGAAUUCUCCGGAAAGGGUAAAUACUGAUGAGAUGAACACACUGAGAAUACAGAGCUGAUAUUAAAACUACAAAUGAAAUUUACAUUCAUAUAAGUAUUUAGUGGAUAUAAAUAGUAAAAUAUAUUAUAUAAAAUAUAAGAAUGAAGCGGAGUAUUUUUGCUGUGAUGUUAACCUUGUCAGCUUUUUUCACUAAAGGAACGCCAUUGCAGUGUUACCAAUGCCUGAUCAACCCCCUCCCUGGUGAAAAGUACGACACAACAGAGAAUCUAUGCGCUCACUUCGACUACUCAGAAAAGUUCAUCGUGGACUGUCCGUACUCAACCAUGUGCAUGAUACAAGAGUUUCAUCUCGACAUAUUAAAUGGAGAGAGGAUCACCAACGUGUUACGUGACUGCGCCUCUCAGACACUAAAAUAUCGUGAUUAUGUGGAUGGUGAAUGGGUUUCAAAAGCCGAAGUUAAGGAACCGUAUCAAGAAGGUUGUCAAGUAAUAGACGAUAAAGGUGAAAGAACAACAGCAUUUAAUCGAUAUUGCUACUGUCGAGGUAAUCUCUGCAAUUCGUCUCCGAGCACGAACCACGAAGGUUAUACUGACAUCAUGGGCGUCAUUGUAGUUUUCAACCUUAUGAAGUAUAUUAAUAGCCUCAGGUAGAGAAGUACCACAGAAGAAAGAUAUUUAGAGAAAAUAAAAGGGUCCAAAGUUUUGAUUUUACGAAAAUGUGAUACAAAUGUCUAUAUUAUAUAAAUUAUUCUCAUUGUCGUGUAUAGAUAUAGUUCAAAGUUGUGAUUAUACUAAUUAUAAGCA